UCCCUGGGGAUUAGCCAAUUCUUGGGAAACACCUGGAACUCAAAAACAGUUUGCUAAGUGAAUGAAUGAGAGGCCCAAACUACUUCUCUUCAGUGCCAUACAGUGCAGCUCACAUACAGGCUCACAUACGAGUUCAAAGACCACAGGCUUCUACCUGGACAGCUCAGCUCUCCUCAUAACUCCGGAGAAACCCUGGACAUGCCAGGGUGUCCUGUUGAGUGAUUGCAUCCAGAAGAGGGGGAGGAUGUCCCAAACACUAAGUAAUCCAGGUUUGGGUUGGAAAACAAGGUUGAAGUUAUUCAUUAGCAGGUGAAAGGGUCAAGGGUCGAGUGCAAGGGAAAAGCAGAGUGGAGUGAGCAGCCAGUAGGGGAGAGAGCAGUUAAGGCACACAGAGCACCAGCUCCCUCCUGCCUGAAGAUGUUCUACCAAAUUUGGGUAGCUCUGCUCUACCUCUAUGGUAUUAUUCUUAACUUCAUCUACCAGUGCCCUGAGCACAGUCAACUGACAACUCUGGGCGUGGAUGGGAAGGAGCUCCCAGAGGUCUACCUGGGCCAGUGGUACUUUAUUGCAGGGGCAGCUCCCACCAAAAAGGAGUUGGCAACUUUUGACCCUGUGGACAGCAUUGUCUUCAACAUGGCUGCUGGCUCUGCCCCAAUGCAGCUCCACCUUCGUGCUACCAUCCGCAUGAAAGAUGGGCACUGUGUGCCCCGGAAAUGGAUCUACCACCUGACUGAAGGGAGCACAGAUCUCAGAACUGAAGGCCGCCCUGACAUGAAGACUGAGCUCUUUUCCAGCUCAUGCCCAGGUGGAAUCAUGCUGAAUGAGACAGGCCAGGGUUACCAGCGCUUUCUCCUCUACAAUCGCUCACCAUAUCCUCCCAAAAAGUGUGUGGAGGAAUUCAAGUCCCUGACUUCCUGCCUGGACUCCAAAGCCUUCUUACUGACUCCCAGGAAUCAAGAGCCCUGUGAGCUGUCCACUAACUGACCUGUAACUUCAUCUAAGUCCCCAGACGGGUACAGUGGGAGCUGAGUUGUUGGAGGGAGAAGCUGGAGACUUCCAACUCCCAUUUAAGAUAAUAAAGAUGAUUUUUCGAUCCUCA